CGCUCCCUUUCUCUCGCAUUGUUGUUAUUUUUUAAUUAAUAAUCACCAAUUAAAAUUAGUUUGUUUUUGUGAAAAUGUUGUCAAAACAUGCGUGUUCGGAAGUGGAAGGUAGUCCCACACAGAAGAAGAAAGUUCGAUUAAACUUCACAGUGUAUCAACCCCCUCCUGGCUCUUCUAUUAAAAUCUGCGUGAAAAGCGAAGAUGGAGAACUCCAAGAAAUUGAUGAGUGUUCACCCUUCAACUCCCAAGAGACUCAGACAACACGCUUUCUGUGGAAAACCGCUACUUCCCCCUCCCCUCCAGAAGGUCAACCAUGGACUCCACCUACUCCACUCUCAAUGGCUGACUUCAUAUUCCGACAUGUGAAGAAUUUCCUGAAAUAUGAUGGAGAAGACAGGCUCAUGAAAACCUCAGAUGACAUGAAAACACUGCUGAAAUCUGGAAGAACCAUGAAGAUCACAAAAGAUGCAAGGAAGGUGACAGCCCAAACUAUACAAAGGAGAAAUAGAACACCUAAUAAAACCAAAUCCAACACGGAAGUGACCACUAUUGUGGAUGUCACGUUUUCUGGAGGAAGAAUAACGUGGAGAACUGAUGGUGGAGGGAGAUGUGGAAUAUGUAAAGACGGGGAUUGCUGGAAAAUACAAGCAAACGAUGGGGCCUGUAAUGAACACGCCAACUGUUAUGUGACACACUUCCUUGUGAAUGAUGAAAACAACCCUUUGCCCACUUACACCCUCCUGACAACCAAACCCCACGCUACAAAAUUCACCCACACUUUAGAUGGAGUUCUACAGACAUCGCGGAAUACUCCUACGAAUUAUGCCGCUUUUUGCAACUACGAGGAAAAGCAGAAGGAAGCAAAACUUUCUCCUAAAUGGAAGCUGGUGACGCCACGUCCUUGGAUAGCGAAAGGUUUGGACUUGUCCAAAACAUUUCAUCAAACCACCAGCGUUACUCUCGCCAUUAUUUCCACCAUCAAUUCACAUGAAAAGAAUGCAGCCAAUCCUGUGAAAUUCGUCAGGGAUCGAAUUUUUGUUGACCAAGUCGAUUGGGCAGUCGUGAAGACUAUUUUGGAGAACUCUGGCUUCAAACUGGAACUAGGGGAGACCUCAGAGUAUGGAGAGAUCAAUGAAUCCCCAUUAUUGAAAAAAGAUGACCUGAAGUGGAGGGAUGGCGACAGCUGGAUCUACAUGAAAUUUGGCACUACAGGAAGAAUCUACGUUGGAAAGGUUAAGCAACGCAAUAUGGGUAGAGGGAGUGGACCCAUGCCUCAAUCAUUCAUUCAUCGAAGUCAUCCUCCUACGGAUAAGGGAAUCCCUCUCUUCCAGUGUGAAGGUGACGCUGACUGCAUAGAGGAGGAGACAAACAAGAUGGAAAGUGUUGGACAGUUGGGAGUAAUCUUUUGUGAGAUGUUGGGAGGGGCUAUCGACGGUCACCCGAUCAAAAUUGAUUUUGAGAAGUAUGAGAAUUUAUCCGAAUGGGAGGAUCGUCAUGUGGAUAGACUGAAGAAGCUGGUCGGAUUUUGGACCAGUCAAAAAUUAGAGUUUACUAUCCCGGAAGGUGUUGAUGUUUCAUCAAUUAAUUGGGAACCCUUAAAAAAUUUGUAUUUGGGACCCCGCUCAGCAGCAGCUUCAUCAAAAUUUGAUUUUUAACCCAACCCAACUUUUUAACUAGAAAUUCAGUUAUCUCACCGUUACAGACGACACGCCAUUGAUAAUUAUUCACGUCUCGAUUCGCUGCUACUAGCCAUCUAAUCAAUUAAGAAAAUAAUUUAAUUGGUUAAUUUCUAUAUGAAUUAAUCAAUCCCUCACCUCCGAA